AUGGCCCGGGUUUGGCUGCGCGUGCGGCCGGGGAAGAACCUGUACCGCGGCCGCGCGGGGUCUUCUUUUCGGUGCCUGUCGAACGUCAUUUCGCGCCAAACACUUCAAAAUAAUCCCAAUAAUGAAAAACAACUCCAAAUAGUCCAAAGUUUCCGACAAAAGGCGCUUUUUUCCGCGAAAAAUGACGCUUUUUCGACCCAGCUACACCCUGCUGCUGCUGCUGCUGCUGCCGCGGCGCGCAGCAAGAUGCAGCAGCAGCGCGGCGCCGCAAAAGCCAAUUCGCAAUUUACAAAUUUGCUAAUUUGCAAAAUUGCAGAAAUUGAAAAACUCUUUUUGCAAAGCUUUGUGCGGAAGCGGCGGCUGCAGCGCGGAGAGGCGGGCUCGCGGGAGCAUCGGGAGCGGAGCAGCAAACGCGAGCUCGGAAACACCCAAAGUUUGUCUUUUCUUUCCAAUUUUGAACUCAAAAAAAGACUUUUUUUGCAAAUUCAUUUCAUUUUGUUUGCAGUUUUCCUCUUCCGGAGGUGA